AUGGAGGAGCAGCAGGAAUUCUUUGGAGAGGUUACUCAUGUGCUUGGAAGGACCGGGGGGUCUGGACUGCUGACCCAGGUGAAGAUGGAGCUGAUGCAUAACAAGAGGACCAUUCAGAGAGCGGUCAAGGGUCCCGUUGCUGUGGGAGAUAUUAUUGAGAUAUUAGAAUGCGAGCGCGAGCAUCGAAGGACAAGGUAG